UCUGAUUCACAGCAUAGCCACACGGGUGAUCAAGCUGGCCCACGCUAAGACCAGCCUGGCCCUGGCCCCGGCCCUGGUGGAGACCUACAGCCGCCUGCUGGUCUACAUGGAGAUCGAGUCUCUCGGGAUCAAGGGAUUCAUCAGCCAGCUCCUGCCCAACGUGUUCAAGUCGCAUGCCUGGGGCAUCCUGCACACCCUGCUGGAGAUGUUCAGCUACCGCAUGCACCACAUCCAGCCCCACUACCGCGUGCAGCUGCUGAGCCACCUGCACUCGCUGGCCGCCGUGCCCCAGACCAACCAGAAUCAGCUACACCUGUGUGUGGAGAGUACAGCCCUGAGGUUGAUCACUGCACUGGGGAGUUCAGAAGUUCAGCCCCAGUUCACGCGGUUCCUGAACGACCCCAAGACGGUUCUGUCCGCCGAAUCGGAGGAGUUGAACCGAGCCCUUAUCCUCACGCUGGCCAGAGCGACGCACGUGACAGAUUUCUUCACAGGGUCCGAUUCCAUCCAGGGCACGUGGUGUAAGGACAUCCUGCAGACCAUCAUGAGCUUCACCCCCCACAACUGGGCCUCGCACACACUCAGCUGCUUCCCCGCGCCCCUGCAGGCGUUCUUCAAGCAGAACAACGUGCCCCAGGAGAGCCGCUUCAACCUGAAGAAGAACGUGGAGGAGGAGUACCGCAAGUGGAAGUCCAUGACCAACGAGAACGACAUCAUCACGCACUUCUCCAUGCAGGGCUCCCCGCCCCUCUUCCUCUGUCUACUGUGGAAGAUGCUGCUGGAGACCGAUCACAUCAACCAGAUCGGCUUCAGGGUGCUGGAGCGGAUUGGGGCGCGGGCGCUGGUGGCCCACGUCAGGACUUUCGCAGACUUCCUGGUGUACGAGUUCUCCACCUCGGCCGGAGGCCAGCAGCUCAACAAGUGCAUCGAGAUCCUCAACGACAUGGUGUGGAAGUACAACAUCGUCACGCUCGACCGGCUCAUCCUGUGCUUGGCCAUGAGGAGUCACGAGGGGAACGAGGCGCAGGUGUGCUACUUCAUCAUCCAGCUGCUGCUGCUCAAGCCCAACGACUUCCGCAACCGCGUCAGUGACUUCGUCAAGGAGAACGCCCCCGAACACUGGCUGCAGAGCGACUGGCACACCAAGCACAUGACCUACCACAAGAAAUACCCAGAGAAGCUGUACUUCGAGGGCCUGGCGGAGCAGGUGAACCCGCCGCUGCAGCUGCAGUCACAGUACCUGCCCAUCUACUUCGGCAACGUGUGCCUGCGCUUCCUCCCCGUCUUCGACAUCGUCAUCCACCGCUUCCUGGAGCUCCUGCCCGUCUCCAAGUCCCUGGAGACGCUGCUCGACCACCUGGGAGGCCUCUACAAGUUCCAUGAUCGGCCGGUGACGUACCUGUACAACACGCUCCACUACUACGAGAUGCACCUGCGAGACCGCACCAACCUGAAGCGCAAGCUGGUCCACGCCAUCAUGAGCUCCCUGAAGGACAACCGCACCCCGGGCUGGUGCCUGAGCGAGACCUACCUCAAGUGCGGCAUGAACCCGCGCGAAGACAACCCCUGGAUCCCCGACGACACGUACUACUGCAAGCUCAUCGGCCGCCUCGUCGACACCAUGGCAGGCAAGUCCCCCGGACCCUUCCCCAACUGCGACUGGCGCUUCAACGAGUUCCCCAACCCGGCCGCCCACGCCCUGCACGUGACUUGUGUGGAGCUGAUGGCCCUGGCCGUCCCAGGGAAGGAGGUGGGGAACGCCCUCCUCAGCGUGGUCCUCAAAAGCCAACCCCUGGUGCCUCGAGAGAACAUAACAGCCUGGAUGAACGCCAUCGGACUGGUGAUCACCGCCCUGCCCGAGCCGUACUGGGUGGUCCUGCACGACCGCAUUGUGAGCGUCAUCAACAGCCCCGCCCUGACCUCGGAGACGGAGUGGGUGGGCUACCCCUUCCAGCUUUUCGACUUCACCGCCUGCCACCAGUCCUACUCAGAGAUGUACUGCAGCUACGUCCUGGCCCUGGCCCACGCCGUGUGGCACCACUCCAGCAUCGGACAGCUCUCCCUCAUCCCCAAGUUCCUGUCGGAGGUGCUGAAGCUCGUUAAGACGGAGUUCCAGCUGUUGUACGUGUACCACCUGGUAGGGCCCUUCCUGCAGCGCUUCCAACAGGAGCGCACCCGCUGCAUGCUGGAG